UCAAAAAUCAGCCUGCUUGUCGACAGGUUGCUCUGCACUGUCAUUAAGUCCCUCCUCGAUGUCGUGGACCCACCCUCGCGAGUUCCUCGAAUCCGCUUCCUUUCCUCGGCCACGCGAGUUGUACCGUUUCACAAUGUUACCUGACACAUAUAUCGUCGACAAUUUGGAUCACAGUGCUUACCGCGUUCAUAUAUUGCCCGCUCGUCACGCGGUGCUCAUUUUUCACGGACUGUCGAUCCUGCUGGCAACUGAAGCGUGCCCGACGUCGUACCCCGGUCAGCCCCCCUCGGAACGUCGUCGAGGAAUCAAGAACGUACCAGUUACCUCGCGGUCGUUCGCUGUUACAGUCCGUUCUAACAUUGAACGUCUAUUAACAUUAGUUGAUCCUGAAGAUAGCGUCGCGAACCAGAAUCGAUUUCAUCGAGAAAAAUCAAAGAAUCACUUUAAGUGCAGGUGGACCAGGAUCUUCUUCGUCCAGUGCCAAGCUGAAACCUUUGAUAUAUUAAAAGAAGAUCGAUAGAAAUAAUGACGCUGGAAUUGUCAAAUCUAUCAACCCUUUAGUAAUCAUCGGAAAAAGAAACGAAACCUACUGGAAGGUGAAUGUUUUGGGUGCUCAUGACCUGGAGAGCUCGCGAACACCUCGAGGAUGUAAUUGAGAGCCGUGAUUGAUCGUGGACAGCGAAGAUGAGAUCGAGAGUGAAUCUACUUGCGAUUCUGCUAACCUUAAGCUGCGUGGUCCGCUUGUUGGAAAGUGCGAAGGCAGCGGAGAAGCAUACGAGCCACAAGGAACAUCCUGUAGGGAAGAAGGUCAUCAAGGAGGUUCACAAAAUUGCUCCGCAGAGUACGGUUCUCGUACGAGGAGAGGAGAAAACGAAGGUAGUGAAGACUUUAACGAGGAACAAUGGCCUGGCCGUGUCGAAAGACUUUGAGAAACCAGGUCAUCCUCGACGAAAGAAACGGAAGAUGGACCGUACGAUGAUGGCGUUGUUGAUGGCCUACAAGAUGAAGUUCGUCGCGUUGAUUCCAACCCUGGUCGGAGGUUUAAUCCUGUUGAAGGCCACCGCGUUGUUAGCAGGAUUCUUCUUCGCGUUAUUCGCUGCGGUUCUCGGUCUGAAAGUACAUUGAUGGAACGGUUCCAUCAAAGCGU